AUGUUUUCAUGGCCAUCGCAGGAGGAUGCAACCGCCUUUCGCAGGCUAUUCCCCUUCACGCUCAAACUCCCAAACUCUCGCCCCGUUCUGCUAAAGGAGUUCGUGGACAGGUUCGUGGCAAAGGCCGUAGGCGAACCCACCUUAUCCAUCCGCAAUGGUCUCCUGGAGUACGCUCCAGAGGACAUCCAUGUCUUCCUCUUGGACUCUACCAAGCCAGAUGGUGCACACUGGCUUGCUGACUUGACCAACUUUCAUCGCGCCCCAGACCCAUACGAGGGUACCUACUUCACUCACCUUGCAGGGCUCCCCGUCGCCACCUUUGAUGACCCUCAUUCUGAACUCAUCCCAUCCGAAAUCCUGCUGAAGGCCAACAAGCCUCCCAUGCUGCUUAACUUUUCCUACCACGUGUGCUCGUUUUUCUCCAACAACCACCGUGCAUCGGACCAUGACGUGUUCGCUGCCCGCUUCCAGCAUUGCCUUACAAAUCGGAACACGAUCUCAACCACGCGACUGAAGCAAGCAAAUGGUACUCAAAAUGCCUCUUUUGUAUUCGGUGCAAACAUCCCUCCAUCUUGCUGCCAUUCUACACUUCUAGUCUGCCUCUUGUGUCCUCUCGAACACUCCCCUUCUGCCCUCAAAUUUGCCCCCCCCCCUCCCCACCCCGCGCUCACCUUCUGCUGUCCCUCUAUCCUUAUGCACCCCCCUCCCCUGUUGCCUUCUCUCCUUCGCCCCCCACAGGGGCUUGGACCCCGGCCACCCCCACACUCAACCUGCGUCUGCCCUCUCCCCCCGCCCCCCUCUCUCACCACCCAUCUUGUGCCUGCUGUCCCCCUUUACCAUGCCUUCACCCCUACCAUCCCCCUCUUCCCUAUACCAUUUCUUUACCUGGCCCCCCUUGCCAUCGGCCCUUCACUCACCUACCCGCUCACUCCAUACCUCCAGUCCCUCUCUGCUCUCCCCCACCCAUGCAGGAAACCCUCCCUCUCAAUCCACUCCCCUCCUGCCGCCAUUCAACUAGCACCCACCCCUUGUAUCGUACCCUCUGCUGUCUCCUACCCCCGCAGGCAACUCUCCCCUCCGGAACUCUCCCUCCCUGCGCCCAACCAACAUAGCCCUCACCCCUUGCGCAUUAUCUCCCCUUGCUUCCCCAGAGGAAAGGCCUCUGCCCACCCCUAUGCUAGCACUGAGAGGGUUCACUCUCCGGUUUCUCCCCCCUUCUCAAGCAGCACCCUCCCCCGCAACUCCCCCACCCCGACUUAA